CUUAUCGUUUUGUUAAUCCAAAAUUUACAAUUUUGUUCACAGAAAACGAUACCCUUUUAAUUCUGAAAAUUACUUCCACCGUCAAUUUUGAGGCUGAGAAAUCAGGCAAGUUCUGCUUCUAUCCUCUUCUUUUUCUUCAAUCCUUGGCCACACCCGAACCCUAGCUUCCCACUGAAGAAGAAGAAGAACAAGAAGACGGUAGCCCUGUUCGAGGUCUGGUUCAAGAAUUCGAACUCCCUCGAGCAUGUCAUUGUCUCCAUGCGACUCCAUUCCUUGUCUAGCGAUUCUUCUGUUCCUUCCCCUGACUCCAAAACCAAACCUCCAAUUUCAAAUUUGAUUGACUAUACUCUGCUGCUCUCCGACGAGCUUCUUCUUCGUGUUCUCUCCAAAUUACCUGGUUCCCAACGGAGCUCCAACUCCCUUGUCUGCAAGCGCUGGCUUCACCUGCAGGGCCGCCUGGUACGCUCUCUCAGGGUUACGGAUUUUGAUUUUCUUUUGUCGGGUAGGUUGGUUCUGAGGUUUCCCAAUCUCAAUCAAGUGGAUUUGAUUUCUGGGUCUUGGGUUUCGUCCAGGAAUUCGAGUAUUUUGUUGAGCCAUGGGGUUCUUUCAUUGCAUAUUGAUCCCUGGUUUUUGCUCUGCUCGGAUGUCGGCGGGGAAAUUGUACUGGAAAGUUUGUUGAUUGAUAGAGGGCUGAAGGUUCUGGCGAGUGGUUGCCCAAACUUGCGGAAGUUGGCUCUUAUAGGUGGUAGUGAAUUGGGAUUGUUGAGUGUGGCUAAGGAGUGUGAACUUCUGCAAGAACUUGAGCUGCAUAAGUGCAAUGACAACAUGCUCCAAGGAAUUGCGGCGUUUGAGAAUCUUCAAAUAGUAAAGUUAGUAGGAAAUGUUGAUGGGUUCUUUAGUUCGGUGGUUACAGAUAUCGGGUUGACUAUUCUAGCUCGAGGCUGUAGACGAUUGCUGAAGCUCGAGCUUGUCGGUUGUGAGGGGAGUUUUGAUGGGAUUAAGGCGAUUGGGCAGUGCUGCCAAAUGUUGGAGGAAUUGACAAUUUGUGAUCAUAGGAUGGAUGAUGGAUGGUUGGCUGGGCUUCCAUACUGUGAGAACUUGAAGACUCUGAAAAUCAUGUCAUGUAAGAGGAUUGAUGCAAAUCCUGGUCCUGAUGAGUAUUUGAGCUCCUGUCCUGCUCUUGAGCGGCUGCAUUUGCAGAAUUCUCAAUUGCGGGAUAAAGUAAGUGUAAGGGCUUUAUUUAUGACAUGUGGGGCUGCUAGGGAGAUCUUAAUUCGGGAUUGCUGGGGAUUGGAUGAUGACAUGUUCAGCUUUGCAAAUAAUUGCUGGAGGGUAAGGCUGCUUUCACUUGAAGGAUGUUCAUUGUUAACGACAGAAGGCUUGGAGUCGGUAGUUCUUCAGUGGAAGGAGCUUCAAAGCCUCGAAGUAGUAUCGUGUAAGAAUAUAAAAGAUAGCUGCGUCUCUCCUGCUCUUUCUGAAGUCUUCUCUGUCCUCAAGAAUUUGAAAUGGAGGCCAGAUACCAAAUCGCUCCUCUCCUCGAGUCUGGUUGGGACUUGUAUGGGAAAGAAAGGUGGAAGAUUUUUCUAGCAAAGAUGAAAAUGAACUGCUGCAUAGUGCUCGGAACCUACACAUGGCAAUAUAAUGAAAUAGCUGUUGCGUGCCAAUUGUUAGCUCAAACAUACUUAGCAUAGUCAUUUAUAAUCAAGCUAGGUGGUUAGCAUAGACGUUCAAUAAAGGAAAAAUAGCAACAGAGGAUGUUGUUUUAGAGACUAACCUGACCCAGUUCACCCAUUUGCUAGAAUUUUGAUGUUGUUUUAGAGCAUAGUAGUUUAGUUUAUUAUAUGAUUCAGCAAUGUUAUAUGCCAAUUAUUGUACUUGGGAUUAGUUGAAUUGUAAAGAACUGUUCUGUUCGUGUGCUUAACGUAGUAAAUGCACAAAUGGAAUGAUUGACCAAACCUUGACAUUCUGGGUA